CUGGAGUACGAGGACUCCGGCUCUGACUUCUGUGACGAUGAUCGUCUGGGGAACGGCUACAUAGCGCCGGGAGAACGCCUCGACCUGAGCGGCAUCUUCUUCUCCAACGAGGAGUAUUACAGCAAGCUGGAGGAGCUGAAGAAGGCCCACCUCCACACCAUGGCCGAGCUGGAGAGCAUGUACCAACGGAAGCUGCAGCUCAAGUUCAUGGGGCCUUUGGACCUGACAGCGCUGGAGGCGGGGCACAGGCUUCCGUGGUCAAACAGCAGCCCAGCAGCUUCACGCCGACUGAGAAAGUCCCACUCUGCCGUAGAACUCAGGAGGACUUCAGGACACUCGGACUCAUCAGACGAGGAUGAUGUUUCCAGCAACGAUGUGGAGAAAGGUCUGCUCUUCUCUCCCAAGGAACACAUCAAGAACAUGUGGAGGGACUUCAAGCUGUCACCAAACACUCGUCACCUGACGUCCUCCUCGCUCCAGAGUCUGCCGGGAGACCAGAAGAGAUCCGGAAAGAGGAAAGGCAAGAAGAGGGAGACCUGGAAACACAGAGUGACAAUCCCGAAACCUUUCCACAUGACCCUGCGUGAGGCUGAGAGACAAAAGCGUGGCAUAAAGACGCGCACAGAGAUCGAGCUGGAGAACGCAGAGCUGCGGCGGCAGCUGGAAGAACUGACGGAGUGCCAGAGGAAGUUCCGCGCCAGCCCCGUGCCUGCACACGUUCACCUCCCGCUCUAUGAAGAGCUGCAGGAGCAGAAGGGCGAGCGGCAGCGAAACAAGCGAGAACGAGAAGAGCAGUACCUCCGGACCAUCCAGAAACCUUUCAGCUUCCUGGAGAGGGAGCGACUCAAGAAGGAGCAGAAACAGCUGCGUCACCCACAACCAUCCGACCAGGACAGAGUCAAACCCUUCAAGGCCAAGCCUGUGCCCAAGGCCGUGUACGCCGCAGCAUCAGGGGAGCUGAUGAAGGAGGAGCAGCUGUAUCGCUCCAUCAAGACACAGAUGAGAGCUCAGGAGUUGCUCCGCGGUGCCUCGAUGCCUCCCAGCAUGCUUUCACGACGACUCGGCGAGCGGAAGAAGACCCAAGACGGCAGCGAUGCGGCCGGAGGGGUCAGCAGCUUCCCCCACCGACCCCACAUCAACAAAGAGGUUCCUGACUUUGACGCCAGCUACAGACGCUUCCAGAAAAACCUGGAGAAACGAAAGGAGGUGAAGCCUACAACCGCAUGUGAACCCUUCGAUCUGAAGACUUCUCAGAUCUCCUCGCACCGCGAACGCAUCCUAGCUGACAUUGAGAAGGAGCAGAGCAGCCCUCGGACGCGGCGCUGGCCAUACAUUAGCUCCGGGACGAAUCGGACGGCAAACUCGAGCCUCUGUUCAUCUCUCUCCGGCAGCCUGGAGCUCCUGCCGACCAAAGUCACAGAUGCCACCAAAAAGCGCCAUGAGGCCGUGAGAAAGGUGCUGGAGCAGAGGAGGAAGGCCACAGAGCAGGAGGAGCAGUGGAGGGAGAAGCAGAAGCAGAGGGAGAGGAAGCUGCAGAGGGUGGUGUUGAAGCGAGCCCAGGCCAACGACCCCCACCUGGCGCUGUCACAGACCCACCAGACUAAACUCGAAGAAUUCAGGAAACAAGACCUCCAGCGCAGGAAGGAAUACCAGCAGGAGAUCAAGGAGAUGCAGCAGAGAGUGAAGGGGAGGCCGCUGCUGCUGGAGCAGGUCGCACAGACGAACGCCAAACAGGCAGCAGAGAAGCGCUACACAGACGCCGUGCACGGAUGUGAAGUGACCGAGGAGUUCAUCUGCAGCAAAGCAGCCCAAUCUGGAUCUGCUCGCAGCGCCUCCCAGUCCAGUGACAGCAGACACAGUGACCUAGAGAACUCAGACAUGGGAUAUCAACCUGUCCGCUACAGGAAAGUCUUCCUGGACGACGAAGAUGUGGACGAUCCCAACGAGAGGGGGCGAGGGAAGGAGGACAAGGACAGUGACGAGGCCUCAUCAAACCGCCACGACGGUGACGACCCCGCCGGUCACCGCUCGGCCGAGGGCGACUGUGGAGAUGAUCGCCGCGGUUCUGAUGACAGUUACCACUACUCUGACGAUCAUGAGAAUUAUUCAGACGACAGCGAGAGUGAUGCCGACGCUCAAAAGCACGAAACAACAGAAUGAUGUCAUCAAACUUGAUGGAGAAGAAUGAGCACAACUGAACGCACCGAGCGACGAAGAGCGUCGAGGAGGAAGCUUCUCGUCCCUGGAACAAAGUGAUUUCUGGUGUUUGUUGCAGCUUCAUUGAAUUUAACGGGACUGUUGGACCCUGGCGGAGGUUUGAGGGUCAGGGUUACAUACAUUUAAUACAUUUGCCUUAUAGAAAUGUUUUCAGUGAGGUUAUUUAAAAUAAAACUAUGCCUGUUUUUUUAAUUUAUCGAUAAAAUUCCAACAAAGUGCAAAAAAACUCAAUCAAAUCAGUUCUUGCUGUUCUUUACUUUUAAAACACCAGUUCUUUUCCACAGCGACCCCGUCCCUCUGGAACAAUCCACUUAGAGGCUGCACUGAACUGUCCAGUGUCUCCUUCACUGCUCAAAACCCAACUUCUCACAACUGCUUUCAAUGUUUCAUCGUGACGAGUAUCUAUCAUUUCAAUGAGUAUGAUGUGUAUGUCAUAUUUAUAGGGAUUCAUUUUCAUCUGCUUUCUUUGACAAUUGUUAAAAGUGCUCUACAAACAAGCAGCAUGAGGAAGAAGCAGUGCGAGGGGACAAUGUAGUAAAAGUAAUAAUAUAAAUACUCUAUAUCAUAAAAGUAGAAAUAAUGAAACAUCAACAAGGCUGUUCCUCCAUAUGUGCAAUAUAAAGACAGAGACCAAGGCUGUGUAUUGUGAAAUGUGUCUUGUAAAUAUAACUGUGGAAGAAGUGCAGCAGUUCUUUCUUGACUUCUGUAUUUUAGUGCUUGGACAGUAGGUGCUGUGGUGUUGUGCAGUUUAUUAUUGUAUAGUUUUGUUAUUACUAUAAUUACGAUCAAUAAUAACUAUGAGUCAUGAUGACCUUGUUUAUUUCAAACUGAACCAUCAUUUUAAAACCAGUACAAGCAGCAGAAGAUCCAGUGACUUCUCAACUUGAGUCCUCCCUCAUACCUGCACCAGUAUUGGCUGAACUGGAUUCAGUUCUCCUCUUGCCGCUGCCAGGCAGAAUAUGACCUUGUGAAAUGGGUGAACACCUGAUGCACCAGCCGUGUUCAGUAGCUCUUUUGUUUAACCCUUGUUUUCUGCUGUUUUUAAAUUAGGAGUUAAAUUAAUAACACAUCUUUUUGUUUCUUUAAUUGGAGUGGGUACGUUUUGCUGUGGAGUCAUUUGUUGCUGGUUGUUCUUGGGAGCUGGGACGAGGGGGGACUCGUUCAUCAUGUUGGGUUUCCCCUGAGCCGGGUCGUAACACAAUGCGCCUUCUGAACACAAUGAUUUCAAAACUUCCCUCCUUCCAGACUGAGAUUUGAAUCUUUACUAUGUGAUGUUUUUUUAUGAUUCUUGUGAAAGUUUUUAUUGAUGUUUAAUUGUUUGUUGCUGAUUGUUAAAGUUUCUGGUUCUCUGGCCUCUGUUGGAAAAAAGAAUCAGAAUCUGGUUUUACUGCCAAUCAGGUUUACGCAUACAAGGAGUUUGCUGUGGUGUAUAAAGUAUAAAUAUAAACAUAGGAAACAAAAAUGUCCUGAAUGAAAAAAACAGUAGGGGAAAGAUUGCGCAGAUCUCGAUCUGACUUUGAAUUUAUUUUUAUUGUGUUGCUGAUUGUGAAAGUUUCUGGUUCUCUGGCCUCUGAUGAAAACAGAUCUGGAUCUCAGUGUGGCGUCCUGAUUGAAUAAACAAACACUCAGUCUAUAAUAAUCCUGACGAUCUUUUUUAUUUCAAUCUUUUAUUUCUUUUAUUUCAGUUUCAUGUUUGCUGAGGCCAGAACAGGGGGAGGGGCUUUCGU